GCCUUUAUUACUGCAGAACAUAAAUUUUUUGAGGCAGAUAAUUUUCACUCCGUGUAAUUCCAAUGGCGAAAUUUCCACACUCGCCUCCGGCGGUAAAGUUUUUCUUUCCACCAAUCAGGAAUCGUUUCUCCCUUGUCCACACUCUUUUACUCCACACGCUACAGGGGAAAGCAUGUGAAACGUUGCCAUAGGUAGAGAGUUCUGCUCUUCGCCACCUACAGCCUAUUUCGCCAAUCUAGCUUCACCCAAGGCCAUAUUAAUGCAAAUAGAAAGCUAUAAGCUUAAGCAAUGAUCUCGUCUCAUUACACUGCACUCUUGAUGGUGUCAAUCCUUCAAUCUAAACAGUCCGAGCUUAGAUAUAAAUGUAUUAGGAAAUCCUAAAGAGGAAAAAUGUGCUCGAAAUUUGUGCAUCAUGUUAUAUAGCAAUACUUGCUUGAAUAUAACAAUUCUUGAUUUAAUGUGUGUGAAAUAUAUUCAUUGAUUUUAAUUUGUUUGCACUAGGAUGCUUUCACAAUGUUUAUCGAAAAGACAUUGACAAUGAAUGAAGAAAAAUAAUGCCAAAGCGUAAUUUCUAUAAGCUGUUUACCUGUUACAGAUCUUGUUCAUAUGGCGCAUUUAUCUUUUUACAUUAGGAAAUCUUUAUUAUAAAUCUAGAGACGGACAUUGUCAUUGCAUAUAUUAUUUGGAAUUUCCUUGUACUCGCGACUAGGCAUAUAUAACCAUAAUUACAGCGUUAAAAUUUAUUUUUAAUGCUGCACUAAAUCAACUAAACAGGUUUGAUCAUUUACCAAGAAUAAAAUAUCGAUUACAUUCAAACAUUUUAAAUGAUACUCCUAUUAUGAAUUUUAAGUAUUAUUAAUAAUUUAAAUAUUUAUUUUGCCUUUUCUUUAUUCUCUCCAUAACAAUAUUAGAUAUAAAAUCAGACUCAGCUUCUUUCCUUCUUAUUCAGAAAAUCAUAUUUUUUUUAUAAAAUAUAUAUUAAUUUUUAUUCAAAUUGAAUUGAAUUGUUCUGAUAAACUUAGCAUUUGAAGCAGAAGCAAUUAUUACAUUUCAGUGACAUAUUUAAUAAUAAUUAUAUACAACAACUUUAUGUAAAGGCACAUAUUUUUAUUCAAUGUGAUAUAUAUUAGACUUGGAACAAUUACUAAUGUUACUAAGUAUACGAUGACCAUUCAAUUUGGUCAGAAAAAUUAUUCUUGUGAAACAUGUAAUUAGAGUUUUUCAUAGAAAAGUCAUCCAACUGACCACAAUCGGACUCAUGCUGGUUAAAAAUCUGACUCUUGUAAUAUAUGUAUUUGGUGUUUUUUACAAAAAAAUUAAGUGACUGAAUACAGUCGUGUCGACAGUAGUGAAAAAAAUUUUCUUGUGUGUAGUAUAUGUUAUAAGAGUUUUUCUUAUUCAAGCGUGAUCUGACUAAGCAUAGUACUUUUCAUGCUGGUGUGAAGCCUCAUUCUUGUAGUAUAUGUAACAAGAGUUUUUCAUAUAUUAAUCACAUGAUGAAACACAGUAGUGUUCACACAGACGUGAAACCUUUUUCUUGUAGUGUAUGUAACAAGAGCUUUUCACAUCAAUGUCGUCUGAAUGUACACAAUCGUGUUCACACUGGGGAGAAACCUUACUCAUGUAGUUUAUGCAAUAAGAGUUUUUCACUUCGAAGUCGUCUGAAUGAACACAGUCGUAUUCACUCUGGAGAGAAACCUUAUUCAUGUAGUUUAUGUAACAAGAGUUUUUUACAUCCAAGUCAUCUGAAUGAACACAGUCGUGUUCACAGUGGGGAGAAACCUUAUUCAUGUAGUUUAUGUAAUAAGAGUUUUGCACAUCGAAGUCAUCUGAAUGAACACAGCCAUGUUCACACCGGUGAGAAACCUUAUUCUUGUACUAUAUGUAAUAAAAGUUUUUCAAACAGAAGUAAUCUUACUCAACACAGUUAUGUGCAUACUGGUGAGAAACCUUAUCCUUGUAGUUUAUGCAAUAAGAGUUUUUUACAAAAAUCUCACCUAACUAAACACAGUUGUGUUCACACUGGAGAGAAACCUUAUUCUUGUAAUAUAUGUAAUAAGAAUUUUUUUAAAAAAAGCAAUCUGGAUGAUCACAAUCAUGUUCACAAUGGUGAGAAACCUUAUUCCUGUAAUUUAUGUAGUAAGAGUUUUUCACAAAAAUUUAAUCUGUCUAGACACAGUCGUGUUCACACUGGUGAUAAACCUUAUCUGUGUAGCUUAUGUAAUAAGAGUUUUUCACAUCAAAGUCAUCUGAAUGAACACAGUCGUGUUCACACUGAUGAGAAACCUUAUUCUUGUAGUAUAUGUAAUAAGAGUUUUUCACGCAAAAGUAAUCUUACUCAACACAGUUAUGUUCAUACUGGUGAGAAACCUUAUUCUUGUAGUUUAUGUAGGAGGAGUUUUUUACAAAAAACUCAUCUAACUAAACACAGUUGUGUUCACACUGGUGAGAAACCUUAUUCUUGCAGUUUAUGUAAUAAGAGUUUUUUAAAAAAAAGCAAUCUGGAUCAUCACAAUCGUGUUCACACUGGUGAGAAACCUUAUUCUUGUAGUUUAUGUAAUAAGAGUUUUUCACAAAAAUUUAAUCUGUCUAGACACAGUCUUGUUCACACUGGGGAGAAGCCUUAUCUGUGUAGCUUAUGUAAUAAGAGUUUUUCAUACAGCAGUAGUCUGACUGAGCACUUACGUGUUCAUACUGGAGAGAAGCCUUAUUCUUGUUGUAUAUGUAAUAAGACUUUUUCACGCAACAGUAAUCUGUUAAGACACAGCAUUGUUCAUACUAGUGAAAAACCUGAUUCUUGUAGUUAAUUCUUACCCCCCGUAUUCACCGUUGACACUAACCUAACCCGAAACACCCACUUCCGACACACUGGUUUGGAAAUAUUGACCACGGGUCAAAAAGUUUAUUCUUCAUUAUUUUUUGACUGCCUGCUUCACAACUCGUUGUUAACUUGUAAUCCGGUGGCAGAUUUACAGCCUGAUUAACAGUUUGAAUUUUUGUUGUUAUUUUUAAUGCAAAUUUUCUAUGAAAGAAUAUAAAAAAGAUUGCAUGGAGUAAUUAAAUUUGAAUCACUCUUUUACUGGACAAAUUAAAAAGUUGUUAGGUUUCGUUUUCCUAACUAACUUG